AUUCCGAGGUGGUGGAGAGAGCUCGCUGCUUCCACGCUGCUUCGACGUUUACACGUCUACAUGUCUCUCUUCAUUUCAAUUAAACGUGGUUUUCACCCGUAGACCGUUUCAAAACAAGAGGGAACCCUCAAGAAAGAGAUAAGAAGACUGUCACCUACAAAAAAGUGAAUCUGAAUGAGCUGAGAUGUGUGAAGAUCUUUAGCUUAGCAUAGCAACAUAAACCAUAUGACAGCAGCGCGUCAGACUGCAGCUACAUUUGUACAUCAACGUUUUAUUUAUGUUUUCUGGCUGAGAUGAACAGUGAAAACUUCACCCUCAGUGAGAAGAUAGUGUCACCCUCGUACAUUCGACAGGGAUCUCAGGCACGUCGGGGACAUGAGCAGCUUAUCAGGCACUUGCUGGAGCAGGGCAAGUGUCCAGAAGAAGGAUGGAGCGAGAGCACCAUAGAGCUUUUCCUGAGCGAGCUGGCUGUGAUGGACAGCAAUAACUUUCUGGGCAACUGUGGUGUAGGAGAGAGAGAAGGCCGGGUGGUGUCCGCGCUUGUAGCGAGACGGCAUUACAGGUUGAUCCAUGGCAUUGGUCGGUCAGGUGACAUUGCUGCUAUUCAGCCUAAAGCUGCAGGAUCCAGUCUGCUCAACAAGUUGACCAAUUCAGUUGUUCUGGACAUCCUGAAGCUGUCAGGUGUCAGGAGUGUGGCGAGCUGCUUUGUUGUUCCCAUGGCAACAGGAAUGAGCUUGACUCUGUGCUUCCUGACUCUUCGCCAUAGGAGACCAAAAGCUCGCUACAUCAUUUGGCCUCGAAUUGACCAGAAGUCCUGUUUCAAAUCUAUGAUCACAGCAGGCUUUGAACCUGUAGUCGUGGAGAAUAUCCUUGAGGGUGAUGAGUUACGAACAGACCUUGAAGCAGUUAAGAACAAGAUUGAGGAGCUUGGGGCUGAGAACAUCCUCUGUGUUCAUUCAACAACGUCCUGUUUUGCUCCGCGUGUCCCUGACAGGCUUGAAGAGCUGGCCACUAUGUGUGCCGAACAUAACAUUCCUCACAUAGUCAACAAUGCAUAUGGAGUACAAUCAUCCAAAUGCAUGCACCUUAUACAGCAGGGGGCUCGUGUGGGAAGAAUUGAUGCAUUUGUUCAAAGUUUGGACAAGAACUUUAUGGUUCCAGUAGGUGGCGCCAUAAUCGCUGGCUUUGAUGAGUCUUUUGUACAGGAGAUAAGCAAGAUGUACCCAGGUCGAGCGUCGGCUUCCCCUUCCCUUGACGUCCUCAUCACCCUUCUCACUCUGGGAGCCAGCGGCUAUAAGAAGUACCUGUCAGAAAGAAAGGAGAUGUAUUCGUUGCUGGCUCAGGAGCUGAAGACUCUAGCUUCUGUACAUGGGGAGAGAUUGUUUCACACCCCACACAAUCCUAUUUCUCUGGCGAUGUCUCUGGAUGGUCUCCAAGCUGAAAGUGACAAGGCUGUGACUCAACUGGGCUCCAUGUUGUUCACCCGACAAGUGUCCGGAGCCAGGGUAAUUCCCCUCGGGAAGGAGCAGACCGUUAGUGGACACACAUUUCGUGGGUUUAUGUCCCACUCCGAUUCAUAUCCCUGUCCCUACCUCAAUGCCGCCUCAGCUAUGGGCAUCACUCGGGAAGAUGUGAUCCUGUGCAUCAAAAGACUCGACAAAUGCCUGAAGACCCUAAAGAAGGAGAGAACUGCAGCGAGGAGAAGUUCCCCAGAGCCUGCAGAGAACCAGGAUGUCACUGAUGAAGAAUGACUUAGCUGAAAUGUGAAGUGCCAAGCAAAGCCGAACCCUCGGUUACCUGCAACAACUUUAACAUGAUUGUUGGCUGAUGCUUUUUGAUGGAUGGAUCAAUCCAGGCCCUGUAAUCAUGUUAGUGACCAGAGACAGAUGAUAAUGAAAUCAUGUGCAGGUGGUGUUUUUUCCCCCCCAAGCAAAAAUGACACGCGUUGAUUCCACAGGUUUAUGUUGAUUAUGUUAUGCUGUGCUAAUAUGAAUGUUUUGAGGACGAGACCUCCAUGUAAUUAGACCAAAGUGUCUAACCAGGCUGUUGAUGCAUUGUGGACUGUUUAUGUUAACCUAUGCUGAUAAUUUUUCAUAAUUAAAGCUAUCUAAUAUCUUCA